AUGAAGGGAGACCCCUCUAAGAGGGACACCAGUAAAUACUGCGCAUUCCACGGGGAGCACGGUCAUUACACCAACAACUGCAACGCUUGGAAAAGGCAUCUUGAGGAGCUGGUGAGAGAAGGUCAUUGCACAGAAUUCGUCGCAAAGAAGGUCAUCCAACAUAUCAAGGAUCGUGAUGCGGCUGCCAAGGAACCUCCCCAAAAGGUCAUUCGAAUCAACACCAUUCUAGCUGACUCCCAGGAGUCCGGGCUGACCACCAAGGAGCGCAAGAGGAAGAUUGCGCAGGCGACUUAUAUCUCCCAAGUCACAACAGGAGUACCAGUCAUUGUGGAUACACCCAUCAUUGGUUUCCGGAAUAAAGACUUGAUCUGGCUUGACUUGCCGUAUAAUGACGCCCUAGUCAUCUGUAUUCAGAUUGAACAAGCUGUGAUCGAGUGA